CAGCUUGCCUCAGGUUUCCUCAGGCCUUCGAUCUGACAUCGACGUUUAACUUUUUGAAAAACAGGGGCCUCGUUCCUUAUUUGGGGGGUUCCUGAGGUCAACGCCCCGACUGUAGGCAGCGUCCUCACACGGAUCCGUCAGAGGAGCUCGAGGAGCCCCACCCCUUCCGUCGCAGGAGCUCGAGGUCGCGUGGGAGCGGCUGAGAGCCGAGCAGGAGGACCACGCGCACCUGCAGGAGGCCCUCCUCGCCGAGCAGUCGCGGCUGACCGAGGAGGCCCUGAAGCUCUCCCUGGACGCGGACGGCACCUCCGAGGCCUACGCGAGACUGCGGGAGGAGCGUGCGCGGUUCGAGGCCACCAAUCGAAGAGCUGGGUGGCCGACACCGUCGACUUCAACGUCAGCGGCGUCCAGCGCGUGUCCGUCCUGCAGUCCACGCUGGCGCAGUGCGAGGACUCGAUGUUCAGCGCCUGGCUCAGCGGUCGCUGGCCCGUGAAGCGGGACCCCGACGGCAGCGUCUUCGUCGACUUCGCGCCCCGGUUGUUCCUCCCCCUCGUGCAGUACAUGCAGUGCAGGAGCAUCGAGGAUCCAGAUCAUCCGACUCCACCGCCGGCGUUCGAGUCUCUGGCGGAGGAGGCCGCGUUCCAGCGCAUGCUGCGCUACUACGGCCUGUUCGACUGGGUGUACGUGCCGGAGCCGGUGGAGCACUCGCUGACCCUCGGGGGCCGCUCGUACGCCGUGCUGCCGCCGUGCUCCCCCGACGACGAGUCCGCCGGGCGGGACAUGCAGGACCAGAUCCUGGCCCUGCCCACCGGCUGGGAGGUGCUCUCCGACCGCUCCGACGGCUUCCAGGCCGACCUGCCGCGGCUCGCGGCGCGGUGCUGGGGCGCGCACGCGCUCUGCGUGCAGAACGGCCGCGGCGGCUUCGACAGCUACCGCACGGCCGUGCGCAUGGCCACCGCUGGGGCGCCCGGCUCGGUCUUUCAGGCCGACAUCGACUGGCUGGAGAGCACGGAGGGGGGGCGCAGCUUCCGCUUCAGGGGCCUCAGCGGGCGCCUGGUGAUCCGCUCCUCGCGGCAGCUUCCGGGGGUGCGACCAGGGCGGGGAACCCGACUAGCGGCCGCCGCGCGCCCCCCCCCCUCCCCCCCCCCGCGGCGGCCGUUCGCGGCCGUGCGCCUGGCGCGCCUCCCCGCAGAAACACCGCGCCG